CGUGCGCAUGAAAUCAUUUAAGGACUGCUCUCGUUCAAAACGUUUUCUUUAUAGACAAGAAUGUUUUGGCUCAUUUUACUAUCUCUUUUUAUUUGCAUUUCUCCUCAAAGCAAUGCGAACCCAGAGAAACACUCCCUUCACUACAUGUAUACAGUCCUGACCAAAGCAGGUCCGUUUCCAGUGUUCAGUGCUGUGGGUGAGUCUGAUCACAUACAGAUCUCUCACUACAGCAUUGAAGAACGAGUCUGGAUGAGAGAGAAUCUGACUGUAGACGACUGGAACGAAGCUCCUGGAGGGCCGCCUGAAACUAAAGAUGGGUAUCUAGAUCUGAUCAGUAUUCUGUCAAACUGCACUGAGUGUUCUGAGUUACAUGUACUCCAGAGAAUAAGUGGCUGUGAGCUGAAGAAACUCCCUGAUGGAGCAGUGAAGAGUCUGAAGGCCUUUGAUGAGUUUGCAUACGAUGGAAAUGAUUUUAUUAGCUGUAAGUAUGACCUUCUUCCGUGGAUGGAUAAAGUCAUAGAAACCGAAAUUAAUCAUCAAACUGGACGAAACCCAUUUCUCAAGGAUUUCCUCAUAAACUGCACUAAGUGGAUCUCCACGUUUAACAACACAUAUAAGAAUUCACCAGAUGUUCAUAUCGUUGCUAGAAAAGCUCCUGAUGAUCACAGUAAGCUGGUUCUGAUCUGUCUGGCCACUGGUUUCUACCCCAGAGAUAUUGAGAUGAACAUCAGAUUGAACAGAAUUAACAUUGAGAGCCAAACAUCAUCUGGAAUCAGACCAAAUGCUGAUGGAUCCUUUCAGCUCAGAUCCAGUGUGAAGGUCGACAGAAAGCACAAAGGAUCUUAUGACUGUUUUGUCAUUCACAGCAGCCGGACAGAACCAGUUUCAGAAGAAUGGGAUGGAAAAUGUCUUAACUGUGAACCAGAUUCUCCGCAGGCUGUUACAGCAGGAGUAGCAGUGGCAGCCGCAUUUCUAGUUGUUCUCAUUGUGAUUGGUUACUUCAUCUACAAAAAGAGAUCAUCAAAUGGUCUGUGAAGUUACCAGUGGGAUAUAUAAGAUGAGAAGUUAUGAUUUUACAUUUAUCUUUAAUCAUUUAGCAGACGCUUUUAUCCAAUGCAACUUACAAAUGAGGACAAUAGAAGCAAUCAAA